AGAUAUCUCUGGCAACCUUGGACCUGCUUUUGUGAGAGUCAGUUGAUAUCUGGUUCCCAGAGACCAGUCAACGUCCAGUGUCUCUCACUCACAGGAGCAUGGAAGAGCACCGUGUAGUUCCUGACGUUGUGGACGCCGCGCCUCCCGCCCUUCUGCAGGUGAAGUACGGGGCGCUGGAGGUCAGCGAGGGCAACGUCUUGACCCCGACACAGGUGGUGACCUCGCCCACACACCUGUCAUGGCCCAGGGAGGACAAUGCUCUCUACACCCUCUGUCUGACAGACCCGGACGCCCCCAGCCGCGACGACCCCAAGGUCCGUGAGGUGCUCCACUGGUUGGUGGUCAACAUCCCAGGCUGCGACCCGGCCGCUGGGGACACCCUCGCGCACUUCGUCGGCUCCGGUCCUCCUUCAGGCACCGGCCUGCACCGUUAUGUGUACCUGGUGUACCGUCAACCAGGCCGGCUCGACUGUGAUGAGCCCAGGAUUCCCAACAACACAGCUGAACACCGGAGGAACUUCAGCAUUAGAAACUUUGCUGCCAAGUACAAACUGCAGCUGGUCGCAGGAAACUUUUAUCAGGCAGAGUACGACGCCACCUCCGACCUCAUCCGUCGCCAGCUGGGUGUGCUUAAGUAACUCCUGGCAGUGCGACCACAGCUGGCUAUCUCAAGUACCCUUUACUACCAGUACCGAAGCACCCACAAAGACUGAGUUUUCACUAACAAACCUGGUAUUCUGCACAACUGCCGCCCUCUGCCCCACCAGCGUCGCUAACAACCCACCGCCAUCACCGCUAACAGCACCAUCACAGCUGAUCAUGACAUGUGCAGCUCCACUGAGGCUUCAGGAAUCACCAUCACAUCAUCAGCAGCAUGAGAAUUUCUUCCAUAAAGUUGCAGUAAUUUAAUUAUAUCGAAUUAAACAUUCCUUGAAUAACAAUCUGAGUUAUAUUGCACUAAGUAGUUACAAUAAUUGUUUAUGUACUACAAUAAAGCUUUGCUUGAG